UUUUUUUUUUUUUUUUCUUUUUUUUCUUUUGUCCUGUCUCAUUCACGGAUUCAACUACACCGGUUACUCAUCAUGCCAACCCCUGCAAUGUUCACUCGUCCACCAAGCCCUCCUAUCAUCAAGAUCCCUGGUCAUUUUGGUGACAUCAUGUCUAGGAGGGACACGACUUUGACUCUACCUGAAGGCUUUACUGGUCAAGAAAGGAUCAUGCUUACUGCUAAUGGUAACCUGCAGCGUCUUAUCAGCGCAUACUUCAACAAAACCGUCUCCAUCACCAUCCUUGAAAAUACUCGAGUGCCUCUGCUCCCUGAUGAGGAUCCGGCCGUCAUUGCUCGGUUCCAACGUGAGGUCAACUUGCUCUGUAAUGAGAAAGUCGUCUGUAAUGCUAAAUCCCAAGUCCUGAUCAAAGAUCAAGCGGUCUAUGAUCUCGUGGUCGAGAAGGGCGUGGGAAUCGGUCAGAUCUUUCGGUAUCUGGAUAAAUUACCCUCGUUUGAAUUACAUGGCCUCGGAAGGACCGACAAGACCUUUUGGAGAGAAUACUCUCUAGAGAUCCCUGGGGUUUAUUGUCGGUUACUCGAGGUCUUGCCUUCCUCCUUAUUUGAUCAUAAUUGGUUGGAAAAGGAACCAGAAGACAUCUCUUGGGAUAUCGACAUUGGCCAAGGACAGAUGACAUGGAUCAAUCCUGAUCUCCAGGACUGUCGAGUGUCUAAAGUCUAAUGUCUCAUGCCCAAUGUCUAAACAUCUCAUACAUAGAACCUUUAGAUGAAC